AUGGAUGAGUCCUGCUGUGUUGUUGACAGUUGCGGCACUGCUAGUUCAACGCCUGAGCAGAAGACGAACAACACCAUUUUCGAGGCGAAUAGAGGGGCUCAGCUCUGUUGUGAAUUGUGCAUAAAAGACGAAUGUUUUGUUGAUGCAGAGGAGAUUCGCCGACAGGGCUAUGCUUGGCUGGCUUCAUCAGGCUUUACGAUUGCCUUGGGACGCCACGAUCCUAAUCUCGUCGAAAACGCCAUAUUGUCCCGAACAUGCAGAGCAAUAAAUGUAGAAUAUGCUCUUCCAGAUGUGGAAUCUGUGGGCACCCGUGGAGGAGUUUUCCCUCUGCCCGAGACAUCUGUGUCAGCCAGAUCAUCGUGCAUGGAUGAGUCACCAAUCAUCGUCCCAUUGAUAGAGGCUGCAGUCCAAGUGGUCGUCUAUUACCUCUCUUCAGAGAGGCCAGAAACCGAAAUGCAAGACGACGGGCAAGAGGAAGCGGUUCCUGCGUGUCAGCACUGGCCCUUGCCGAAUGCGGAUUUUCAUGGACUGUGGGAUAGUCUUCAUUACGACACCAACGUGAAAAAAACCCUGCUGCAAUACGCUUCUUCUGCCAUGUUAUUCUCCGACCACAAAGUGAAUGACAAGCUAAUUAACUGGAACAGACUCCUGCUACUCCAUGGCCCUCCUGGCACAGGCAAAACGUCGCUGUGUAGAGCGCUGGCACAAAAGCUGUCUAUCAGAAUGAGCGACAGAUACCUCAGCAGCCAACUUCUUGAAAUCAAUGCUCACUCACUCUUCUCACGAUGGUUCAGCGAGUCCGGAAAACUCGUCCUAAAGCUGUUCACCACAAUAAAGGACUUACUGGACGAUGAAUCGUGCUUUGUGUGUAUUCUCAUCGACGAAGUGGAAUCACUCAGUACUGCCAGGCGAGCUGCGCUAGCAGGCAAUGAACCUUCAGACGCCGUGCGGGUAGUGAACGCUCUGCUGACCCAGAUUGAUGUUCUGAAGUCAUACUCAAAUGUAAUGGUACUAACGACGUCUAACGUUCCAGAGGCGGUAGAUCCAGCUUUUAUGGACCGGGUUGACCUGAAGCAGUUUAUCCCAACACCGAGCGAGCGUUCCCGCUAUGAUAUUCUUAGAGAAUGCGUUCAAGAAAUGAUGCGCAGAAACCUCAUUCAGCCCCACAUUCAGAUUCCUUCGUUUUUGUCCGCUUGUGGAGCUUUAGAUGAGGCGUCAACGAGUAACCUUUUGAACACGGAAUUCCGGGUCUCAACGGAGCUGCUCCAGAUAGCCAAGCAAUGCACAGAUUUCUCUGGCCGCACAUUACGGAAACUCCCGUUUCUGGCCUUUGGACCUUUCGCAUUCCAAAUUUCUUUUAACGACAAUGGGCCACCAGCUGGACUGCCGGGGAAGCAACGGAUUCCAAGCGUCUUUGAUUAUCUGCAUGAACUAGCUUGUUCAGUGAGAUCAGAGAAAGCUGCCCGCACUCAUGUGUCAAGUGGAACCAACUUGUUCCCGUGA